AUGGAAACCAUAGAGAACAUAGAGCCCAUAGAUCCCAUGGAGAACAUAGAGCCCAUAGAGCCCAUGGAGAACAUAGAGCCCAUAGAGCCCAUAGAGAACAUAUAUAUUCCAGUUGACCAACACCAGACUCCUUCUGGCAUCGCCAUUCCUAGUAUUCCAGUUGACCAGCACCAGACUCCUUCUGGCAUCACCAUUCCUAGUAUUCCAGUUGACCAACACCAGACUCCUUCUGGCAUCGCCAUUCCUAGUAUUCCAGUUGACCAACACCAGACUCCUUCUGGCAUCGCCAUUCCUAGUAUUCCAGUUGACCAGCACCAGACUCCUUCUGGCAUCACCAUUCCUAGUAUUCCAGUUGACCAGCACCAGACUCCUUCUGGCAUCGCCAUUCCUAGUAUUCCAGUUGACCAGCACCAGACUCCUUCUGGCAUCACCAUUCCUAGUAUUCCAGUUGACCAGCACCAGACUCUUUCUGGCAUCACCAUUCCUAGUAUUCCAGUUGACCAGCACCAGACUCCUUCUGGCAUCACCAUUCCUAGUAUUCCAGUUGACCAGCACCAGACUCCUUCUGGCAUCACCAUUCCUAGUAUUCCAGUUGACCAGCACCAGACUCCUCCUGGCAUCACCAUUCCUAGUAUUCCAGUUGACCAGCACCAGACUCCUCCUGGCAUCACCAUUCCUAGUAUUCCAGUUGACCAAAACCAGACUCCUUCUGGCAUCACCAUUCCUAGUAUUCCAGUUGACCAGCACCAGACUCCUUCUGGCAUCACCAUUCCUAGUAUUCCAGUUGACCAGCACCAGACUCCUCCUGGCAUCACCAUUCCUAGUAUUCCAGUUGACCAACACCACACUCCUCCUGGCAUCACCAUUCCUAGUAUUCCAGUUGACCAGCCCCAGACUCCUCCUGGCAUCACCAUUCCUAAUAUUCCAGUUGACCAGCCCCAGACUCCUCCUGGCAUCACCAUUCCUAGUUUUCCAGUUGACCAGCACCAGACUCCACCUGGCAUCACCAUUCCUAGUAUUCCAGUUGACCAACACCACACUCCUCCUGGCAUCACCAUUCCUAGUAUUCCAGUUGACCAGCCCCAGACUCCUCCUGGCAUCACCAUUCCUAGUAUUCCAGUUGACCAGCCCCAGACUCCUCCUGGCAUCACCAUUCCUAGUAUUCCAGUUGACCAGCCCCAGACUUCUCCUGGCGUUCCCGAUUCCACUUCACCCCUAUUUGCUUAA